CAACUACAAAGCUCGCAAUCGCGGCCGCACUCGCAUGCUCCUCGCCUCCUCUCGUCGCCUACCGCCUCGCUCCGGGGUCUCCGAUGGCCUCCACGCUCGCCAUCAUUAGGCCCUCCACGCCGGCCCCGCUCGCCGGCCGCGCCCGGUUUGCCGCGCCGGCGGCCGUGAGGGUGGCCCCGCCGUCCAGAUGUAGGUAUUCGUCAGCCAGGGUGUCGCUCGGGUCUGAGGUAGCGGUGAGCGCGGACGAGCUCUUCGCCGACUACAGGCCCACCACCGCAUUCCUCUUCCCCGGUCAGGGUGCCCAAACUGUUGGAAUGGGUGGAGAGGCUCAGAGUGUUCCAGCUGCUGCCGAACUGUUCAACCAGGCAAAUGACAUACUUGGAUAUGAUUUGCUGGAUCUUUGCACCAAUGGACCAAAAGAAAAGCUUGACUCAACAGUGAUCAGUCAGCCAGCUAUAUAUGUUACCAGCCUUGCGGCAGUAGAGGUACUUCGUGCACGUGAUGGAGGCCAAGAUUUAAUUAACUCUGUAGAUGUCACAUGUGGUCUCAGCCUGGGAGAAUACACGGCACUUGCAUUUGCUGGUGCUUUUAGCUUUGAGGAUGGCCUGAAGCUUGUCAAACUAAGAGGAGAAGCUAUGCAGGAUGCUUCAGAUGCUGCCAAUAGUGCGAUGGUUAGUGUGAUUGGUCUAGAUCUAGAAAAGGUGCAACAACUAUGUGAUGCUGCUAAUGAGGAAGUAGAUGAAAAGGAAAGAGUUCAGAUAGCAAAUUUUCUGUGUCCUGGUAACACGACAUAUGCAGUUUCUGGUGGUGUAAAGGGUAUUGAAGUGGUGGAAGUCAAAGCAAAGUCCUUCAAGGCCAGAAUGACGGUUCGCUUAGCUGUUGCUGGUGCUUUCCAUACUAGGUUCAUGCAACCAGCUGUUUCAAGAUUGGAAUCUGCGUUAGCUGCCACAGAGAUUAGAACACCAAGAAUUCCAGUCAUCUCCAAUGUUGAUGCACGGCCCCACUCAGAUCCUAACACAAUCAAGCAGAUUUUGGCGCGGCAGGUAACCUCUCCCGUACAAUGGGAGACCACUGUGAAGACUCUCAUGGGCAAGGGGAUUGAGAAAAGUUAUGAACUCGGACCCGGAAAGGUUAUAGCAGGUAUUCUGAGGAGGAUCAACAAAGGUGCUAGCAUUGAGAACAUCGGUGCUUAGAUGUUACAAUUUCAAGAUUUUUCCGGGUCAGAUAAUAAGUUCCUGAAGUACUCAUGGUACCAAAUUUCAUAGCAGAGGGGUUGUGGCAAUCGCCCCACCCAUCAGGGAUAAAAACGAACCUAUAGUGAUCAUUGUAGAACCAAGUUUGGAUGCCUAGAGUUGGCGGAUCUUUCGGUUAUGUUUAUCUACCACUUGCAGCUGAAUUUUGACCUUGAUGUGUAAUGUACACCUGUAAACCAAACUCGUGUGUAGUCUCCACGACCAUCUGAACAGAAGUGUAUUUU